AUGGUAAACCAAUGGCUAUUGGAAUCUGCAUCAGCUAAGCGCCUGCUUGCCGUUUCCGCUUUCAAGCCAUCCAUACCUAAGCAAGAAGAGGAGUGGAAGAUCAAGCUUGACGACAUCCUCGAAAAGCCGCAAACUCCGUUCGCCGACUUCGCUGUUCACUUUACGAAAAGCCUCAAGACGAGAUACGCAUCUUCAUUCUCUGACAUUGAGGCUGUCUGCAAAGCCGCGGGCGCGACGAGCGUGACGAGUGGUGCGACGAAGAUCAAGAAGACAGGAAAUACCAUUGCCCUCGCUGCAGACGAAGAUGAUGUGGAGGCACAAAAACUGAUCAAAGACGGAAUAACAUGCUACACAAAGGACUUCUUCACAUACAGUAUCCUGCGGGGCGUCGUUGACCUCGAGAGCGACGAGUUCAAGAUCGAAGGAGCCGCAGCGGGCGAGACACCUUUAAAAGAGCAGAAGAAGAAACGAAGCCGGAAGAGUAACUAG